AUGGCGCCACGUACGGUUUUGGUAACUGGAGCCAACGGGUUUCUGGGAAGUGCAGUAGCAAGGAUAUUCGCGAUAUCAGGAUGGCAGACAUAUGGGCUUAUACGAGAUGCGAAGCACGCCCCAGGACUCUUGAAAGACGAAAUAAUCCCGGUUGUUGGGUCCGCAGCAGACACAUCCUGGGUCGCAAAUCUUCCGGCGCUGAAUGUGAUAGCAUCGACAACUGAAGACGUGGUCAACUACGUCGGGCAUUUCAACGACUCUAUCGAUCUCUUCAAGGUCAUAGCGGCACGGUAUCGCGACAUCCAAGGACGGGCAGCACGGCCACUAGUGAUCUUCACCAGUGGAUGCAAGGACUACGGCACCACGCUAUACGACGGGCACCCAGACCUGCAGCCGCACACCGAGGAGUCGCCGCUCAACGGGCCUCCCCAACUGGCGCCGCGCACGAAGCACUCGCUGACGAUAUUCUCGCACAGCGAAGACUUCGACGCCGUCCUCACCCGCCCAACGACCUUCUACGGCCGGACCGGCACGUACUACGGACCGAUCUUCACACUUGCGCAGCAAGCCAAAGACGACGGCCUCACAGAACUCGUCCUCCCAUCCGACCCCCGAAGCAUCAUGCACGGCACGCACGGCGACGACGUCGCGUCAGCGUACGUUGCCAUCGCAACAAGUCCUCGGGACCGUGUCGUCGGCCAAGUCUUCAAUAUUUCCAGCCACCGCUACGAGACGGCAAGGGAGGUCGCCGCUGCGAUCGAGAAAUCAUACGGGUUGAAGGUCAAAUGGUCUGGAGAGUUCGCUUCGAUGGGCGGAAAAGGUAUCGAUUUCGUCCAUGUCUUGUUUGGGUUCUCGCAGUGGGUCGGGAGCGAGAAGAUUAGGAGAGUGACCGGCUGGACGGAUAGGAAGCCGCUGUUCGCGGAGAUGUUUGAUGUGUAUAGGCUGAGCUAUGAGGCGUAUCUUCGCGAGAGUGAUUCUCAGGUGGUGAAAAUGAAGGCUCGGGUUGCAGAUGGGAAGUCCAUUUCCUCUGGAAAGGAGUAA